GAUUCAGCAUAACUCAUGCUUCCAUUCAGUUCAUUCAUCGCCGUAAUGCAUGUGCUUUCAUUGCAGAUUAAGGACGUAGAAGUCCUCAACUGUGAAUAUGGCAAGAACACAAUUAGGUUCCUUCGUGUUAAAAGAGAAGGGAAGAAGCACUUUGUUAAAGAAGUGGAAGUGUGCACACAUCUCCGGCUGAGUACUGCCCAGGAGUACCUGGAGGGAGACAACUCUGCUGUGAUACCCACGGACACCAUAAAGAAUAUCGUCCUUGUGUUAGCCAAAAAAAAAGGGAUCCAAACUUUAGAACAAUUUGCUGUUGAUAUCUGCACACACUUCAUGACAACAUUUUGCCAAGUGGUAUAUGUCAAAACCUAUGUUCAAGAAGUACCAUGGCAACGGCUACACGAGAAUGGCGUUCCCCAUAUCCAUGCAUUUAUAUUUGUUCCUGAUGGGAUUCGCUUUUGUGAAGCCGAGCAGUGUAGAACAGGCCCUCUGGUUGUUUUUGCUGGAAUUAAAGAUCUGAAAAUUAUGAAGACAACACAGUCUGGAUUCGAAGGCUUCUAUAAGAAUGAAUACACCACACUUCCUGAAAGGAAGGACAGGAUUUUAUGUGCAGAGCUCUUCUGCAAAUGGUCAUAUGGCGAAUGCAGAGAUUUUGACUUUGAUUGCAUAUGGAACAAAGUCCGGGAGUGUGUCCUUGAGGCCUUCUCUGGGCCACCUGACUGUGGGGAGUAUUCGCCCUCUUACCAGAAGACUGUCAACUGUAUCCAGAUGCUCAUCCUUUCUAAAGUGUCACAGGUACAGGUCAUUGAAGUCAUCUUGAACAACAUUUUUUACAAUGUUGUAGACAUGAAGAAUCUAGGCUUGACCAAUGACAAAGAAGUUCUAGUUCCAGUGGAAACUCCCUAUGGCUCCUGCACUUGCACACUUGGCAGAAAGAAGUUCUUGGAAGCACAAGGUCAAGUGCUAAAAGAUGAGAAGUAAAGUCAGUUUGGAGUGGCAGCUGCCCAGGGAACAAACUAAACUUGGCUCCAC